UUACAAUAUUAUUAUUAAACCUAAAUCCGCUUUGAGAAAAUAAACGAAAUAAAAUAGCCCCAUGUUAUGCAUUAUUACGUGUUAUAAACAUUGAUAUCAAGCAGAUCCAAAAGCUUGAAAUUUCAAUUUCGUAAAAUUCUUAAAAGCCAUAAAAUAAUUUUAUUUCAUUAUGUCUUUGCAGCCGUAAUCUAAAACAGUAGAAAUGUAGGGAUGCUAAAUAGCAGAGGAUGAAUCCCAUGAUUCUCUGCAUUUCUUAAUUAUUUCCUAACAGUGCCAGAGGCAAUGAGUGCUAAUAUUUUUUAGAAUUAGAAUAUAUGCAAAAAAUUGUAAAGGGAAAUUCAAAAGCUUGUUGUAUGUAUUUUCUGUUCUUCCCGUUUUGCUGUCAUGUUUAGUUCGUUACAGAGAAAAGGGUAUAUGAAAGGGUAUAUGGCCAUACCAUUUCGCCCUCAAUUUCUCCUAUACCGUUUAAAUAACUUGUGUAGUUUCCUCUCAUAUGAAUGAGUUGUCUACACACAACGACUUUUUCCACUGUUUUUCCCAUGAAGUGGUGACUUACACUCACUCAUGCUUCCAGUAGUCAACUACGAUGUGGAGGUGGAACAACGGGAUGGAAAGAAAGCAAAGCUACUGCACACAAAAACUCGAUCAAUACUUUCUCCAACGAUUCCCUUAUAAAACAUUUAAAGCGCCAAUCCAAUCUACGUCGAAAUUUUACAAUGAAUUUCUGAAAAAAUUUUCUCAUCAAAUUUGCUUCCUUCUCCAAAUUGAUGGAAGAGUUGCCAUUGUUUGUUUUAGCCAUUCUUUUUGGAGGAUUCUUCCUAUUUUUUCUUAUGAUGUGCUGCAUUCGGUUAUUCGUGUACUUGACAGACGACAAGAAAUUUCUCUGCUUCAAAAGCAAAGCGGCCUUGAGAAGACGAAGAAUACAACUUUCUCUUUUACCAGAAGUGAAUGUUCAACGUGUAGAAAAUCUUGGUUACAUAGCAGCUCCGGAUGAAAACAUAAACGAGUACACAAUAUGUCAGCCAUACGUUUAUGAGGACGGAAGAAGUACAGGGAUGAGAAUGAUAGCAAAUUUACCUAUGGCACUAGCAUUUACAACAAGAGUUUAUUCUCCAUAUUCUAUUAGCCCUAAUUUAAGCCAAAACUUGGAACUACAUCAUCCGUUCCAACAUUAUCAACAGGAGCUUUCACCGCCACCAAACUAUCUUGAAGCUCAUCUGCAAAUUCGUAAUUCAAAUGAGAAAUUGGACGAUUACAUGGAAAGGGUGGAACCUCCACCACCCAGUUAUGAUGAAUGCAUGAAAAGGUCACGCUCAAACUCAAUUGCAGAAAGCGAACAUGGUGGUGUCGGCCGUCAACUUCCGUGUGACACUUUUGCCAUUUGUGCGUCCAUCACAAUUAAAUCUCUUCAAUAAGUCCGAUGCCAAACAUGCCUGCGCUCGGUAUGGAAAAAAUCGUCAAUGACAAACUAUCUACAAGAAUCCAUUAAACAAGCACAUAUAAACACAACUAGCUCACAGGAAUGCAAGAUCGCACUCACACUUAUCCUGACUUUUCAUGUAGAGAUCAUAUUUAGAUAAACAAUCUACACGGUACCUAAAAAGUAUAUGCGUGCAAUCUAUAAUAUCCCAAGUAAUGUCCAUUACGCUUUGCAUCAUUUUUAAAGUCUUGAAAAUUGUUGAAAAAUUCAACUUCUGUUGUUAAUAUGUAUACAACUUUUUAUAACCUAGUUUUUAAAUAAUGCAUGCCUGACAUAAAAUAUUACAUGUUCAAAUUAUAAAAUGCGUCUGUGUCCGAAAAUGCAAUCACUAUCAAUGUAUAAAAAUACAGAGCGGCAUUAUUUAUGUAUGCUGUUUUUUCUUGACAAAACGGGUACUAGUAAUAUGGCGUUGUUAUAAAAUUCUGCCACGUCUGUUAUCAAUAAACUUACUUGAAAAACAA